AAAAAGAAGAGAAAUACUGUAUUUGGGACGUUACACGUUGCACACAGCUCUUCACUAGAUGAAGUGGACCACAAGAUUCUGGAAGCAAAGAAAGCACUUUCUGAAUUAACUACCUGCUUGAGGGAGCGACUCUACCGAUGGCAGCAGAUUGAGAAGAUCUGCGGCUUCCAGAUAGCCUAUAACUCAGGGCUGCCAAGCCUGACCUCCUCCCUCUAUUCAGAUCACAGUUGGGUGGUCAUGCCGCGAGUGUCCAUCCCACCCUACCCAAUCGCGGGGGGAGUCGACGACCUCGAUGAAGAUACCCCUCCCAUCGUUUCCCAGUUUCAUGGGUCCGCUGUGAAAACCAGCACCUUAGCGCGGAGUAGCAGCGUGUAUCGCUCCAGGCGAAAUGUGGUGCCGUCAUCGCCUCAGUUGCAACAUACAGCACAAACGCCCCACGCUGCGCACACGCAGGCGACUCUGCACUCUGCGGACCCUGACCUCCUCUCCGUGUCCAGUUGCCCUGCUGCUUACCGUACCGAAGAAGAGGAGGAAGCAAUUUACUUCACCGCUGACAAGCAGUGGGAAGUCCAGGAUACCGUUUCCGAGUGCGACUCCUUCAAUUCUUCCGUGGGAAGGAAGCAGUCUCCCCCUUCGAGCCUCAAAAUAUAUCAACCCCUGUCACCUCAAAAGACAUCCCAGGAGGAUGUGUCCUUAGAACAAUCCUCUACCGGAGACUCUUCCUCCCUCACCGCCGAUAUCUCCAGGGAUUCUCCGGACUGCGUGGGGCUGACGGAAACGAAAAGUAUGAUUUUCAGUCCCGCGAGCAAAGUGUAUAACGGCAUCCUGGAGAAGUCCUGCAGCAUGAACCAGCUGUCCAGCAGCGGCGGCAGCAGCAGCGUUCCGCUCCCCAAACCUCGUCACACCUCAUGUUCCUCCACCAGCAGCGAAAGCCGAGCCGGGCACGAACCUUCUCCCGCCUCCCGGAUGAGUAGCGUUUCACAAGACCUUUAUCACAACGGAGAGCGGAACAAAAAACCGUCCAAAAUCAAGAGCCUUUUCAAGAAGAAAUCCAAGUAAGGCUGCUUGGAAGAGAGAGGGGAAGACUCUCUCCCUUUUCAACCACACGGCAUUCUUUUUGACUCUGCGGUCAUUAUCCUUAUUGUUAUUAUUUAAAUUAAGAAUGUAGUUGUCAAGACUUUUCUAAGCCACAGCGAGAAAUUCUCUUAGGUCGACUCUUCUUUUUCUUCUGUUUUAAAAGUUCGAGCUGUCAAUGAGAAAUUUUUUUCAAUUUCAAGACAGUUUUACUACUUAACGGUCAUUCGUCUAUUUAUUUCUGCUUUUUUUUUUUUUAGUUUAUAUAUAAAAACGUUUCUAAAAUUUUAAAAAAAUGAAAUAAAAGAUCAGCAACACUUUAACACGAGCUUUAACGGACUUCAUAAGCCUGCAUGGGCUUGCCAUGUUUCUUCUUCUUCCCCUUGUUUACCUGAGCAUCUUCUUAAUCUUUCCAUAGAAACUAUGGCAUUGUGUACUGGACAUAACAUAACUUUUUGAAUGAAGUACAACUUACUUAAAAUUGCACUACUGUUCUCCCGACUGGAAAGUAUCUUUGCAAAGUGAAAAUAAAGGAAGAGAUGAGUUGGUU